AUGCUCUUUUUCAUAGAACAAACUCGUGCUGACGAAAUCAAAAGUAAUUACGAUGUACGAACUAUUCCAGAAUUAGUUAUUCUGUCUCCAACUGGCGAAGUUCUCUACUCAAAUUGUAUUAACGAAGUAAGCGGUGAAGGUGCCGAAUUCUUUCGACAAUGGUAUUGUGUGAAGGAAAAACCGACAAAAACCAUCGUAAAAGUAGAAACCACAACAACAAAGGCAGUUACAACGACUGUGUUCAUUGAAUUGCUCGGCGAACAAUUGCUCCAGCACAGUGUUGAUGAAUCGAGCCAAACAACCACCUACAUGCCCACCAGUAAACUCGAGGGCAAGACUGUCGGUCUUUAUUUUUCUGGUCACUGGUGUCAACCUUCACGAGAAUUUACAGUAAAAUUGGCUGAAGCAUACAAGAAUGCAUACGAAUAUGUGGAUGGCAAGUUUGAGAUUGUGUUUGUCUCCUGGGAUAAUGAAGAAAACGCUUAUGAAAACUUUUACAACGAAAUGCCAUGGAAAGCGUUACCAUUUACAGGUAGUUCUAUAUUAAUUACUGGGGUAACGAAUUCAUCAUCCAUACGUGAGAUGAUGUGUUCUUAG